UUUUGUUAAUACAGAGUGAUAGCUAAACCGUAAGUCAUAUUCUAAUAUAAUAAACGUUGUUAUAGUAUAUGUCAACAACAUUUGCAGUAGCAGUCCGACUUUUUUAGUAAAAAAAAAGCUCAAAGGUAAUGCGACUUUCACCCCAAAAUAAAUUGCGCUUUUAUUUUGAAGUACACAUUCCGGUUGUAUUACAGUUUGAUGCACAGGAUCCGAUGAAGCGCUUUUGCUGCCAGCAAUGUCUGCUUCUUUAUCUGAAGAAACGGAGUUAAUUGAGAAACAUGAGGAAAUUUUAGGGAGGAGAGCGGAGCUGCUGGAGCAGAUGGAGAGUUGCAGAGAGCAGCAGAAGAUCCAGAGGAGGCAGCAGCUCAAGGAGUGCGAGGCCGCUCGCCUCAGGAACGCCACACUGCUGCAGGAUUUACAGAAGACAGAGGAUCGUCUCAGAGGAAGACCGCUGCCACACCCAAAUCUCCUGACUCUGGAGACAAGAUACUGGGCAUCUGUGGAAGAGUUUAUCCCAGCCUGGGAGCGCUUCCUCCUGGGUAAAGGCCCACACCCUGCUCACAGUCCAGGGCAGCCCCCCAGAAGAGCCAAACAGGGCCUGCCUCCUCGCCCCAAACCCAGGACUGCUCGAUAGGUGAGCCCUGAUGCUGAUGCUGCCACUGAAGUCGGAGAGACGGCGCUGAUGCUCAGCUGGUGCAGGUGAUCACAGGCCUGUUGAUUCUCCGAGCCCCUGCAUUCAGACCCUCACCAGCAUCCUCAAACCAGGAUUUGGUGAAAAAGCGUUUCUCUCAGGAAUGGAAAUGGAUUCAGUGAUACCGACAAGGCAUCAGCCCACUGAGGCCACUCUUAUCUAAUAUUUUUACAGUCCGCACCUGCUGGUAACCAAUCUUCAUUUAAUGCACAAAAAGCAAGCGAUCAUAAAAUAAAAUGCAUAGAAAGGACA